AUGAUAGAUUCAGUAAGGAGGCAGGCGCAUCGCGCCGCGUCGCAGGGUGGUAAUAAUGGAACCCUAAAUUACAACCCAUUUGCCAGAGUUCGAUCAAGGGACUUGCCAUACGGAGACGAAGAGAACAUGUACCGCACACGAUCAGAGGCCGAUCACGCUCCGGCAAUUGAGCAGCAAAGACGACUAGAAAGCAGAGAAGCCACCAAAGAGUUUGGAGGACCAACCCAUCACACCACAGAACCUUCUCAGGUCUCACCAACUACGGCCUUUGGAAACCCGAACUUCCCAGAGUCAUCAGACAAUCAAGAACCAAAACUGCAAACCAAUGGAGACGUCCCAGAUGGCAGCGACAGCACCGUCGUAGGAUCGACAGACGGCGUAACGAAGCGCGGCAAGUUCAAGAAGCUGUUUCGCAAAGAGCACGAUGACGAACACGACGACACACUUGCGAACCAAGAGUCUGAGGAUCUCUCCCUGGAAGAGCGCAAGCGCAAAGCACACAAGAGAAAGAUUCCUGUUGGCCAGCAAUUCCGUUUCGUUAUAUUCGGAGCAUGGAUCAACGUGCUCCUUGUCUUCGUUCCUGUCGGAUUCGCCGUAUUCUACGCUGGCCUGGGACCUGUCCCCGUGUUUAUCAUCAACUUUAUUGCCAUUAUUCCGCUUGCAGCUAUGCUGAGUAACGCAACUGAAGAACUGGCGAUCAGAGUUGGUGAGACUAUGGGUGGACUACUAAACGCCACUUUUGGUAACGCCGUCGAGUUGAUCGUCUCAAUCCAGGCUUUGAUCAAGGACGAGAUUACCAUUGUCAAGUCAUCGCUCAUCGGCAGUAUGUUAUCGAACUUGCUUCUCGUUCUGGGCAUGUCCUUCUUCCUCGGAGGAAUCAACCGCCCUGAGCAGUUCUUCAACGUCACAGUCGCACAGACAGCUGCAUCGCUACUUGCGCUUUGCAUUGCCUCUCUUAUCAUCCCUACUGUCUUCCACAACACCAUCGCCGAGGACGCCGACGACACAGGCGAUGCCCUCAGGAACCAGGAGCUGUCCCACGGAACCGCGGUCAUCCUUUUGAUUGUCUAUGGCUGUUACCUGUUCUUCCAGCUGAAGACCCACGUCGACAUGUACAACGCCCCAAGUCAAAAGGUCCCCAAACGAAAGUCUUCCAAGCUUGAGGAAGGCGCAGCAAACCGUGGUGUGGCUGCAAUUGGUGCUGGCACUGCUGCAGCGUCUGGCGGAGGUGUCAAUCUCAAGAACCUUCUGAACAAGCCCGAUGACGGUGAGGAAGACGAGGAUGAGGAAUUCGAGACUCCGUCUCUCUCAGUCAUCGGUGCCCUCGUCACCCUCGCUAUCUCUACCACCAUGGUCGCAUUUUGCUCAGAGUUUAUGGUCGACAGUAUCGAUGGUCUCACCGCUACCGGUCACGUCUCGACGACUUUCGUUGGUUUGAUUCUUCUGCCUAUCGUCGGUAACGCUGCGGAGCACGCAACUGCUGUUACUGUUGCCAUCAAGGACAAGAUGGAUCUAUCCAUCGGUGUGGCUGUAGGCUCCAGUAUGCAGAUUGCAUUGCUCGUCUUCCCUUUCAUCGUUCUCCUAGGAUGGAUCCUAGGCAAGGACUGCAUGACUCUUUACUUCGACACUUUCCAGAUUGCUACACUGUUCGUUUCCGUGCUUCUGGUCAACUACCUCAUUCAGGAUGGCAAGUCUCAUUGGCUCGAAGGUGUUUUACUUAUGGCGAGUUACAUCAUUAUAGCCAUCGCUGCUUGGUUCUACCCCGAGAUUGCCGAGAACCAGUGCUAA